AUGGAAGCACUUAAAGAGCAGUUAGCUGUGUUGGACGUGCAGCCAUCGGAGUCGAUGACACAAACACUGAGUGCGAUUUCGGAACAACUCGAGCAAUCGUCAACUGAGAAGAGCAUCAUAGGAGGCAGAGGCCUUUUGAGUGCGUUCCAUUCGGGUGCCACUCUUAUUCCACCCGAUAAACCGUCUUCAUUUGGUAAUAUUGACGGCAAAUGGGUCGAGGUUAGUGGCUGCGUUUGA